GAUCUUUUCUUGAAGCAUCAUUUUGAAUCAAAUCCUGAUAAAAUCUUUAGUCACAAACACGUAAAUAUUAUUCCCAGACGCAAUGCUUUACAUGGAUGCACAAUUUACGUAUACUAUCUAAUAAAUUCAUUGUUAUUUUGACCCAGUGGAUGUCUUCAUCUAACCAACCAUAGUACAUUCAUAUUUUUACUUACUUAUUUAUGACACUCGGCGAACUGAGUGAUCUAACUAUCAGAUGUACUAAACUCUUUGUUUAGAUAUUUCUAUAUGUCUUAUUUCACUUAGAAACUAUCAAAUCGUUGGCUAAUUACCAUCCGUAUCUUGAGCAAUGUUUUGCAUGUUAGUGUACAUUUAUAUGAGUAUUUUAUGCGUUUUCCUCUGCGUUUUCAUUUUUGCAAUUAUUUAAUUUAUCCAUUAGUCAAACCAACAAAUGAUCAGUUAUUUGAUUUUUACAAUCAUGUAUUUAUUCAUAUGUUGGUGAUUAUCUUUUUCUCUAUCGACUCAUUAUGCAUUCCUACCUCGAUAGUUAUUUUCUCUUCUAUAAGUUUUCUUGCCAUAGUAAUUAUCUUGGUUCAUAAAAGUGUUUUAAACAUCUGUAUGGAAAAUGCGAUAUUUUUGAAGCACCAUAUGUGCCUCCUUUUGUAAUUUUUGUUAUCCUAUUAAACGUCGAUUCCUUACCGGGUUAAUGCUGUGUGGCUUGACUGUAUCGUUAGCCCACCACCGUAUUCUUUGUCAUUGUUUCUGUAAUCGAAGAGAUAUUUGACUUGCUACCUUUAACUUCACAGGGCUUCCUGGUACAUUAUGAGAAUUGAUUAAUGCUUUACUAUUUAUAUCAUUUUUUCUCAAGCUAAAAUGCUUCUUCGAGUCUUACAUUACUCAUCACUUCGUUGGCACUGUUUUGAUAUUUUUAUUUAUGUUGAUAUGAUAUUGUUAUUGUUCAGCCAUUCAAGUGUAAAAAAUGAACUUUCUUGUUGCCUAAAAUGAGUUAUUAUGUAAAUCAAAAAAUGGUAUUCUCUCAAUCUUUCAAUUUUUAAAAUCCCAAUUUGCUUUCAUAUGAUAUUUCACUCUUCCUACAAAGAUUUCUUGUAACUCUGCCGUAACUGCCUUUCAACGGUGAUUCGAAUAAAAAUACAUACUUUUUCAUAGAUAUUUUUCUGAUUAUUUUUCUUUGUUACUGUUGUGUGUGACGUAGUUGCAUGUACGUUUAGUAAUCAAAGUUUACAAGUUGACUCUGUUCUUAGUUACUAAAAUCGAGGUUUAGGUAUACUUCUAGCAGUAUUUUUACAUAUUCAGUUAAUUAUGUAAGCGAGAUAGUUUGUAGCAAGCAAAUCGGUCGCCUAGUUGUGUUCGUUAGUAUUUGAAUAGGAAUGACUUGUCAAUUAAACGAAUGAAUAGACUAGAUGAAUUGAUAUUUACUACCCCUUGUGUCAGUAGCUGGCUGUUGUGUAUUUCCCAGGAAGUCUUAUUAAAAUUGUAAUCCGAAAUACUGAUUUCAAGUUAUAGGGUAGCUUUAUCUGAAAAUUUUGACUAAAUGAAAUGAAGAUAUCUUUCAUUUAUAAAUUUAGAAUAACUUGGUUUGUAAAGUAGCUGUUCAUGAAGAAGAUAUUAGUGUUCGCAAGUGGUAUUCGAUCCUUUUUCUCACACAAACUAGAUCUUUGUAUACUGAAUAUGUUACAAUAUUCUGCAAGUUUGAGGUGGAUGUUCAUAUUAUGACGUCAUAAAUGUGUUUUUUCUUUAAAAUUUUUACAGAAGAUGAAGAGGUCAUUUUCUGAAGAUACAAAUCCGGACCAUGAUUUACUACAUGGAUCUACUUCACAAUUAGAUUCGACUCCCCCUAUCAGUAAACGUUUAAUUUCAGCUGCAUCUGAGCCUAUAUCAUUCAUUCGAAUCUCAUCCUUGGAGGAACUUGAUAAGAGAGCAUUACAGCUUCAAAAUAAAAAACUAUGGGAAGCUCUGAUGGAACGUCGAGCUGCCAUUGCUGAAUUGAAGGAACGUAUUGAACACCUGGAAAAUCGCCAAACUAAGGAUGAUGCUCUACUUUGUGUAGUCAAUCGUUACUGGAAUCAGCUCGAUGAAGAUAGCUUGAUUAUACUUCAGCGUUUUGAUUCAGAUGCUGAGGAAGAAAUUUCAACAUCUACAGAAUCAUUUCUCAAACAAUUGGCUUCAUGGGACAAGGAAGAAGUUCCAGAAAAGCUUCAAGAACGAGUGCAUUUUUCCAAGCGUAUUAUUGCACGCCUCUUAUCUGCCUAUGAAAAAAUGGUUACUCACCAGUUUCGUUUGCGUCAAUUGCUUGGAAACACUACUGAAACCGCAUCAGUUUCUGUUGGAUCUGAAAUUAGUGAUAACAUUUUACCUAUUCAUUCUAGUUCAUCGGCUCCUUGUGGCACACAAAACCCUAAUUCUGAAGGUAACAAUCAUUCAACUAGUUCAUCUCAGGAACCUGCUUCAACAACGUGCAGCAGAUCUGGUGCCGUAGAUUUGCACGAGGAAAUAGCACUUUUAAACAAGGAAAAUCUUCGUCUCCAAAGCCUUUGUACAAAUUUGCAUUCUAAACAUCGACAAAGUAGUCUUCGCCUUCGUGAACUACAAGACUUAGCUCAAACGAAUAGUGACGCGUCAGCGGAAUGGCAAGCUAAGUAUGAGGAUUUAGAUUAUAAACUUGCGGAAGCAAUGAAGCAAGUUACGCGUUUAGAUCAUCGUCUAUAUGAAGCUCAGGAAAAGAAUAAAAAAAUGGAGGUUGAAUUAUCAGCUCUCAAAUGCUCAGACUCUCCAGGUCGUGAAGAUCCUUCUAAUGUUGAUGGAUCAAUUACACGGAAUAAAUAUAAUGACUUGGCUUGUGAACUGGAAGAGUACCGUGAGUUGGCAAAUAAUCGUAUAAAUGAAUUAGAGCGCCUUCAACGUCACUUAGAAGACAAAGUUGCAGAAUGUGCUUCAUUGAAUAUGCAAUUACGAGAUAUUCCCGAGCAUAUUAUUACAGAAUCUCCUCAAUAUUUAUCCUUAAAAACCCAAUUCAAUAUUCUAUAUAAUGAAGCUCUCCAACUAAGAAGUCAGUUAGAGGAAGCUAGAAGUACUAUACAAAAUAACAGACACAGUCAUCUGAAACAGAUAGAAGAGAUGGAGGCAAAUGAAGCAGCUAUACAGAAUCAGAUGCGAUCUGAAAUGCUUCUCAUUGAAGGGCAAUACUCUCAACUAAGACACAAAUAUGAAACUAUGGAAUUGGAUUUCAAACAAGCAUUGACGCAUAAUGAACAAGCUGGUCCUAUCAGUUGCGAAAUGCGUAGUCUAAUUUCCACACUCCAAACACAAAACAAACAACUAAAAGCUGAAGUGACGCGUUAUCGUAGAAAAUGUGAAGAAACUGUACAAGAACGUGAAAUGAUACGUGCGGAUUUGAAAUGUACAGAGGAUGAGUUAGUUCGUGUCCGUACGGCGCUUUCAGAGGCAACUGCAGCUGUUAUUGCUGCAUGUGAAAAGUCAGAUCAGUCGACACCAUCAACCCCCCAAAGCUCAAAUCUACCUCAGACUUCAGUAACAAUGCCAGAUGUUGGAUCACCAACUGCUGAUCCAGAAUUGAAAGCAAAAAAUUCAACUCCUAUAAAAGUGGAGGAAAAUGUUAAGUAUAGCUCUCCAAGUUCAUCUACUGCUCGAUCUGGCACAGUUACCACUUCAGCAAGCUCUCAUGUCAACGGAAGUGCUCCCGAAAAAGUUUUGAAAACUGAAUCUACUCCGGACUUUCGUUGUAAUGUCUCGUGUUCUUCGCCGUCCAAUGAGAUCAUUCGUGAUUUAAAAGAACAACUGAAGCGUUCACAAGAAUCACAAAAAGAAAUGUCUGUACUACUCAACAUGUAUAAAGUUAUCCCAAAAGAUCAAAGAGAUAAAGCAGCACUUCUUCAGUGUGAAGCCAAGCUGCGGGGUGAACUGACUGAUGCCAGAAAUGAAAUCGAUAAACUUCAUGCAACUAUCAAAGAUCUUCAGUCACAACAAAUGAAAAUGCAGCAACAGCGGAAGUCAACAUUAACAUCUCCUAUUGAGCCCAAUUUAAAAAUGUCACCUGCUGAACGUUCACUCACUUCCCAUGGAAAUAUUCCACUAUCUCCUUCGAAAACAUGUAAGACUGGGUUAGUUUCUCCUGAAGAAAAAAGCUCGAAUAUAUCUGGAUCUCUGCCGAUCACGUCUUGUGGAAAAUCUAAAAUUUCUGCUUCUGAUUGGCAAAUAUCAGAGUUGCAAAUGGAACUGUAUAUAGUUCGACGUAAAAGUCAAUCUGUUGAGGAGCAGUUAAAACUUCACCAACAACGACUUGUAGCCGCCAAGCAACAAGAGGAUGUACUAUUGAAGGAAAUGGAAAUUACUGUUCAAGCAUUUGAAGAUGCACAAGAACAAAACGUUCGUCUUGUUAAAACAUUACGAGAAAAAGAUGAUGCUCAUCUAAAGUUAAUGGCAGAAAGAAUGAAAACUGCCCAACUUGCUCGUUUACUGAAGGAAGACAAACAGCUUUUAGAAGAACAGAUACGUCUGAUGCAAGCAAAAAUUGAAGCGUUAAAUCGUGCAGUUCUAAAGCAAGAAGAAAAAGAACGUUUAUUGUUAACCAAUUUAGCAACCUUAGAGAAAGAAGCAUCAGCUAGACAAAAGUCACAGGAAGCCUAUAAACGAAAAGCUCUGGAAAGUCAACAAGUUUCUGAAGACUUAAAAGUCACUGUUCAAAAGUAUCAAAGUCAACUAAAAGAUGCUCAAACUACUGUUCAAGAGAAAGCGUCCGCUUUUGAACGCGUUUCUUUCGGUCAUCAGCGUUUACAAGAAGAACUUGUCACUGUACGCAGAAAAUAUGAACGGUUACGCAAGAUCGAACAGUCGCACAACGCUGAUGAGUUUUUACUGGCUGAAAUUCAAGAUUAUAAAGAGCAACUUACAUGUCCAACGUGUAAAAUCAACAGAAAAGAUGCUAUUCUAACUAAGUGUUUCCAUGUGUUCUGUUUGAAUUGUCUAAAAGUUCGGUAUGAAACACGAAAUCGUAAAUGUCCAAAGUGCAAUGCAACAUUUGGUGCCAACGAUUAUCAUCGUAUAUACCUUACCUAAUCUAUUUAAACCACCAGGUUUAUCUUUCCGUGUUUUUUUUUAGAAAUCUCUUCUAUUUGUUUCUGUAUACUCCAGAAAUGUAUAUAGUAUCGACUGUGAGAAUCCUUCACUAUGUUAUGUAAAUACUUCCCACUCUAAAUAAUAUAUAGUUUAUAUUUUUAUG